AUGACCAGGUCACAGGCCCUCGCACACGAUCACUACGAGAUCCUCAAUCUUCCCUUCACAGGGACCCCAACAGCCCUAUCGAAGCAACAACUCAAAAUCGCCUAUCACAAAGCCCUCCUGAAACACCAUCCUGACAAGGCAUCUAUGGUCGCAAAGGACGCUCAUAUUCAGGUGACCCGACCAAGUAGUCCUUCCUCUACUUUCGAUUCCUCGCACGCGAGUGGUAGGAUUUACACGAUCGACGAGAUCACAGCCGCCUACAAGACACUGUCUGAUCCUCGGUUACGUGCGGAAUACGAUCGAUGUCUUCGUUUGGAUCGGUCGAAAAUCUCUGAGUGUGAGAGCACUGGGACUGUUUUUCAUACGGGAUUGGAGGUCGUCGAUCUUGAGGAUCUCGUCUUUGACGAUGGAGACAAUGCAGCGAAGGAGGAGGGGCAGAUGAGCGGCGCCAUCUGGUAUCGUGGCUGUCGAUGUGGUGAUGAGAGAGGGUUUCAGGUGACGGAGGACGACCUUGCUAGAGAGUCUGAACAUGGCGAUAUUGUCAUCGGGUGUCGGGGCUGCAGCCUGUGGACGAAGAUUCUGUUCGCGGUGGAGGACGGUGAUAAUGGUGGUUAUGGGGAAGAGGAGAAGAAGACUUGA